AUGAAUCAAGUCGAAGCUGACGCUCCAUCACCACUUUACUUGGCUGAAGAUCUCUUGUACACUACCGAAUCUUCGUGUCACUCGAUAACUAACUUGCCGAGCUCCAACGCUGCGCUGACAGCGCAGCUUUUACCUGCCACAGCGGCAUUUCAAGGAAACUUGCAACUGUCUAAGGCCGCAAGUGGUAAUGGCUGUACGCUGUACUUGGCGAUAAAGGGUGUAGUAUUGGAUAAUUCAAGUGGACUGCAUGACGUUUUCACUACAGCUCAAAGUGUGCUUAAGCAGCUGGAAAAAUUGCUGACCACUUUAGAGCUAAAGAACGUCUUGUUUGCACGAGCUACGAUAGGAUUGGACGACAACAAGCUAUAUGCAGCUUUGGUAUCGACUGAAAGCUUGAACGAAGCAUCUCAAAGCAUACUGAAAUUACAGCAAGGGGCAUGCACGGAGAUGCUGAGCACUCUGAAGAGUGAUGUCGUUACUGACUUCCUACCCAAACAGGUGAACUUCAGUGCACUGAACGUCGUCAGACAAGGAAGUAACGAUGAAGCUAUGAGCUGUGCUGUCAGCUUGGAUAUUGCGGCGGUUGUCCCCUAUCCCAGUUUGGACGUCGAAGUCUUUCAGCUGCUUAAGGCUGUGGACGAGAAGCUGGAAAGCUUAUUUGCGAGUCAGCCCAGUACUACGCUCGCUGAUGCAAAUGUGCGACUUUUAAUGGGACCUAUGGGGCAAAAGCUGGUGACAACAAACUUAACUCUUAAUCCGCCUUCUUAUGAAGAGGCAAUGGGCAUUUUCGCAUUAAUUGCGGUGCUUGUGGUCAUGCUGAUGGGCGUUGUCGCACAAAAAAAGCGCAACGACAAGCGCAGCCGCGACCGCUAUGAACGGGCCAGUCGCGCUGCACAAUUUCAACGUGUGUCUAUUCGGAUGAGUCAGCAUGAUCAAGAAAGCCAGCAGUUCGAGAGCGAAGAGGAAAGUCUUUUGUGA